AUGCCGCCAGGAGGAGGAGCAGGAGGAGGCGAGCAUGGCUGCACGGUGCCGGGCCAUCCGCCGGCGACAGGCCGCCUUGGCCGCGCCGAGGACGCUCCGCCCCAUCCGCCGCCGCCGCCGCCGCCGCCGUUCCCCGCCACCGACGUUUCGCUCGAGAUGAAGAAGAAGCAGAAGCAGGAGGACGAGCAGGAGCAGCAGCCAUUGGGGAGUCUUCCCGAGGGGCCGCUCGUCGACAUCCUGUCUCGGGUGCCCUACAAGUCCCUCUGCCGCUUCAAGUGCGUGUCAAAGCCGUGGCUUGCCCUCUGCUCCGACCCCAAACUCCGCAAGAGGUGCCCGCAGACCCUAUCCGGGUUCUUCUUCAACAAGAGCAAAUGCGGCCUCAGCUUCCGCAAUCUGUCCGGGAAAGGCGCACCAAUGGUUGACCCUUCUCUCCCUUUCCUGGGCGGGAAGUACGAACGCGUCGAGGUCGAACAAAGCUGCGGGGGCCUUCUCCUCUGCAAGUACUGGGAAUCCUACAAAGGGCGAAACAAGAAGAAAUACGGUUAUGCUGUGUGCAAUCCUGCGACUGGGCAGUGGAAGGUGCUAACUCUCAUUGUGUUACCGGACCCAGUGGAUGGUGUUCCUGUGAUUUACGACGAUAUAGAUGACUUCUUCUUGGCUUUUGAUGCGGCCAAUCCGUCCCGUUUUGUGGUGUUUGCCCCUCUGAGCAAUUCUUUCGGCGAGUUUGCACAAGUGGCCAUCUUCUCCUCUGACACUCGGCGAUGGACUUCCGUGGAGAAUGAGUGGGGUUACAAAAAUGUUCUCAUUGGUAAACCAGAGUGUGCUUUACUGAAUGGCACUAUGCAUUUUGGUACCCAUUAUGGUACAAUAGUCACAGUGGACAUGGAGGGAAAGGUUUGGAGGGAAUUUGAUAUGCCGGACGACACGCCAGAUAAGCAUAACUAUACUUCGAUUGGGCAGUCUCAGGGGUGCUUGUAUGCGUGGCAGAUAGAUAAUGAUAAUGAUUGCAAACUCUGUGUAUGGGUUCUUCAGGACUAUGCUACCGGGAAGUGGACCCUAAAGCACACUGCUAACGUUUCAGAAAUAUUCGGGAGGCAGCUUGAUGAAGAUGAUCACUCCUAUACGCUAUUUGCGAUUCACCCAGAUUGCAAUAUGGUUUUCAUCACCGACAGCGAGAACAUGACACUGUCAUACGAUAUGGAUAAUCAGAAAGUCAGUGCUAUAAGCACAUCUAGAACUGAAUUCGUGGAUGGUGCACUCUAUGUUCCCUGUUUUGCAGAAUGGUUGGCCGAGGGUCACUAACAGCCACUGCAGCUUCUUGGACUGGGCGCAGCAGUACUUGAUCAAAAUCAGUUGUUGGGCAUGUGGCUGAUCUUCCUGAUCUGUGGAACUGGCUUGGAAAUGUCCUAUGCUCCUAGCUCUAUUAUGUUUACUUCAGUUUGGUCUUCCUACCUUUUUGUGUUUGGAUUUGUGCUGUUUUGUG